ACCAUACAGAAACGCUGGCCGUCCACACAGAGCAACACUUCCGACAAAAAGCGUCUUAUUAUUUCACAUUUUCACGAUGGCGAGCGAACUGUGCGUUCAAUCCAAGCCGGCGAAGAAGACUUUGACUCUGGGGGAGAAGAUAGAAGUGAUUCGGCGGUACGAGAAGGGUGGGACCGGGGCGCGUGGACUCGCCAAGGAGUUCGGAGUUGGGAAGACGCAGAUUCAAAACAUCGUCAAGAGAAAGCGGGAGUACCUUGAAGACUAUGAGAAGAACGCCCCUAUCAGCAAGAAAAGAAACACCCGGCAGUCGCUGUACGAUGACGUCAACAAACUGUGCUGGCACUAUUUCUGUGAAACAAGCUCCAAACCCGUCACAGGACCGAUGCUCCAACAACAGGCUCUAAAGUUUGCCGAGCAGCUUGGAGUUGUGGGCUUCAAGGCGUCUAAUGGGUGGUUAGAAAGCUUUAAAAACCGCCACAACAUCACGAUCGGGACUAAGGGCGUCGGAGUGGUGCAAAACUGCGGGAGACCAAGAUAUCUACAGUAUGGAAGAACGGCUGUCUUCCGCGGAACAACUUCCAGUCAAGUUACGGCGUUAUUGGAAGGCGAUCACUCUUACUUUAGUAGAGCUAAGCAGGCCCAAGACUCUCUAACCAUUGUCCUGUGUGCGAACAUGGCCGGGGAGAAAGAGAGACCACUUGUGAUCGGUCAACCGGCCAACCCUCCCUGUUUCAGAAACGUGCAGCCCUCCAGCCUACCCGUGACUUACGCACACAACAAAAUGGCUUGGAUGACGUCGGAACUUUUCCUAGACUGGCUGAGGAGCUUGGAUCGGAAGAUGGGCGAACAGAAUCGUAAGAUUCUCCUUUUUCUUCAACAGACGCCAAGUCGUCCACACGUGAAGCUGAGGAACAUCCAACUCACGUUCUUCCCGCCUAUUAACACCCCG